AUGGCCAGCCAUGGGCGCAACGGACCCGAGGGGGCAGGCGCGGUGCUCCGCGGGCCCAAGCUGCCGCUCUGGCUCUGCUCCUGUGGGUGCGCAUCCAACUGGGCAAGCAGGCUUAGGUGCAGAGAAUGCGACAGGCGGUGCUCCACCAAGGUUGGGGACGCUGCCAGGAAGGCGCACAAGGAGGCGAUCAAGGGCGGGCCCAAGCCGGGCAGCCACCCGCAGCCCCGCGGGGCCUGGGCGCGGCAGAAGCUGGCCCCGUGGGAGCAUGACAAGCUCCAGCGCCAGGACAGCGAGCUGGCCGCCCUUCGGCAGCAGGUCGAGGCGCUCAAGGCGGACAGCGCCAAGGCCAAGAUCACAGCCCUCAGCGACCUCAAGGAGGAGCUCCAGAAGCUCGGGGGAGGCGAGCAGGCCACGAGCUGCGUCAAAGCUGUUGAGGCCAAGUACUCAGAGCCGCCCAAGCCCAAGAGCCUUCCAGCCCUCGAAGGGCAGCGCAGGAAGCUCGAGGGGCAGCUCCAGAAGGCGCUCGGCAAGGUCGCAGAGCUCGAGGAUCAGCGUGCCAAGCUCGACCUGCGGAUUGGUGAAGCCAAAGACUCGGUCGCUGAGCUCAAGGGCAAGCUGCAGGCGGCCGACGCCGAGAUCAAGUCCCGCCACGCCGCAGGCGUCCUCGGCGACGGGCUCAGGGGCUUGGCCAAGGUCCUCGAGCAGUUCAAGGCUACGGCAGUGGAGAACCAGGCAGUACUCCACGGACUCAUCCAGUUGCAGGACGUCGUCAAGAAGGAGCAGGAGUCUCUGGAUGCUGUCGACGACGCUGCACAUGCUGCUGGUGCUGCUGGCGGCGGCGAUGGGGAUAGCCACGAGGAUGUCCCUUGCAAUGCUGAGCCAGGAGGAGAGUCCGCCCCCGUCCCCGACGAGCUGGUCGACAGUCUCAUGGAGGACGCCCCAGAAGGCGAGAGUCACGAGCAGCGGCGCAAGCGCAUCAGCGACCUCAUCGGGGCACACAUGUGGCUCUACACGGUCAAUGCGAACACCGAGAAGGGAUAUCGGGACUUCCUCGACUGGCUGGACGGCCUGCACAGUCUCGGCGUGGCAGGGCCGACGAGGCGGCCAGCUGCAGAUAUCACCUUCGUGCAGGAGGCGCGGGUGCGUGAAGGCGGCAGAGAAGCAGUCCAGCGGUGGCAUCGCAAACGCGGCUUCGACUUCGACCUGGCUGCAGGGCUCAGCACGGGUGAAGGGCCACUGUCUUUCAAGCAGCCCCACCGCGUGCUCAGACGGGUGGUCAACAUAGGCGACGGGCUCGCCAUCGAACUCAUGUCGGUCUACCUUCGCGACGGGGAGGGCAUGAGCGAGGCCAACGCAGACAUCCUAUGGGACGUAGCGUCGCAGCUCAGAGUGGCUGCUCGGCCGUGGAUUCUAGCUGGCGACUUCAACAUGGACCCCCUCCAGCUCGCGGCGUGGGCGGCCACGGCUGGAGGACUCGCGCUGCAUACAGGUACGGCGACCUGCAGGGCGGGGGCGCUCAGGGAGCUGGAUUACGCGAUCAUCUCCGACGAGCUCCAGCACUUCGUGUUCAGCCACGGGCCAGCGGUCGAAGCCCCGAUCGGGCCGCACAGCCCCGUCCUGUUGGAAGUUCGAGGGCUGCAUACGGACGCCACGGUGCAGCAGCUACACCGCACAGCGCGGCUGCCGUUUGAUCGGGCCAUCGGCUGCACUCCCUGGGUACCGCUGCCUGCCUGGACCUGGGAAGAGGGCACGGUCCCCCCUAGCCCGAGGGCUGCCAUGCAGGAGUGGCUCAGGCAUGCCGAGGGCUACCUUCUCCCGCUCUACGACCUGCACGGCGACGAGGCUCAGAAGUUCGCAAGCAGGGCGGACGGAGUGCGCUUCGUCAACGUCUCGAUCGCCGACGCCAGCCGUCGCCGCUGGGCACAGCUCAGCUCGCAGGAAACCCACGCCUGGGGCGGUCUUGUCAGCCUGCUGCAGCGGGCCGACCUGCUGGCGGCGCGAGGUAAGGACUCACAGGGCUUGACCAGCCUGGGAAGCCGCCUGAAUGCGAUGCGCCUGGCCGAUUACGACGGCAGCUGUGGCCCUGUGCCCAGGGGACAGCUGGGCGCCGCAGCUACCUCCAGCGACGCGGCAUUGAGGAGGAGGCUCAUCGAGCACGCCAGGGCUCAGCACCAGGCCAGCCAGCGCAGCGACGCCGCAGCAGCCAGGAAGCAGUGGCAGGCCUGGGCCAAGGGUGCUGCCACGGGCGGGGGGAAGCUGGCCCAUCGCUUCUCCAAGCCCGAGCCGCUGGCCAAGGCGACCCUCGUCACGGCAGACGAGGACGAGGGCGACGCGCUCCCCGUCAACGGCGACGAGGCAGCGCAGCACUGCCUCAAGGAGUGGCUCCCGCUCUGGCUCGACCCUCGACGCCGAGAAGGGCUCGAGGAGGCGGCCAGCUGGGAGACAACCGAGCCGCUGCCGCACCUCGAGGUGGACAGCCUCAGGUACCUGCUGAAGCGGUACGGGAGGUGGGCUGGCCUGGGAUGGGACCAGCUCCACCCGAGGCAGCUGCUCCGCUUGGACGAGCCCUUCCUUGUCAGGCUCCUCGAGGUGCUGGCCAGCUGGGAGGACGCGCCCGAGGCCUACCUGGACUGGCUCUCUGUCAUCGUCUUCCGCGCCAAGGCCGACGGUGGCAGGAGGCCAAUUGCGCUCACCUGCCUCCAGAUUCGGCUCUGGUCGGCCAUGCGAGGGCCCAUCGUCAGGGAAUGGGAGGCGAAGCACCAUGACGCCUGGUACACCGGAGGCGAGCUCAACACGGUCAUCACGGUCGACGGGGCCUGCAGCGCGCCCUUUCGGGCUACGGGCACGGUGCUCGCAGGCUGUUCAUGCGCUACGGGCAUUGCCAAGCUUCUCCUCUUCAGGUCCUUCAAGAAGGUCGCGGCCUUCUACCCCAGCGUGCGGCUGGGCAGCGUCGCCGACGACUUCACGCUCCAGACGGUCGGCACCGCGGGCAUGGUGAAGGCUGUGCUAGGACCCGCCAUGCGCAUGCUGCUGGGCUGCCUUGACGAGAAGCGGGUGCCCGUCCACUACGGGAAGCUAUGCUACCUCACACCCGACGGAGGUUGCGAGACAGCUGGGGUCGGACGUGGCCGGCUGCUGGGGAACGACGUGCACGACGGGCGCUGGAGGCGCACAGCCAUCGGGGCACAGCGCGUCGAGGAUGCGCUGGCCAGGUCUCGGCGACUGCAGAUACUGAGGACGGCUGGCGCUAAGGUCGCCACGGUGCAGAGGGGCGGCCCCACGGCAGCCGCCACCUGGGGCUCAGCCACGACUGGCCUCGCCCCCUCGGUCCUGCACGGGCUACGUGUGGCUGCAGCGCGUGGUGAAGGGCCCUUUGCGCCAGGUGCUUCAGUCGGCCUGAGGCUGAGGUGCUUCCCCAAAGGCACCGAGAGGGACCCCGCGGUGGUGAACGCGGGCCAGGUCGUGCUGCAGUUCGGCAUGGCGCUCUGGCUGGGCUACCCCACCCCGUUCGCCCUCAGCACGCUGCUGGAGAAGGCCAAGCAGAGGCUCGGGUUGGAGGUCGACCUCGCCAGGGUCUCGCCGUCCUUCAGCAAGGAGCUAGCAGAGGGCGCGGCCAAGAGGUGGUCGGACCGCGACGCCACCUUCAGGCUCUACCCCCACCAGAGCUCGGAGCUUGUCUGGGGUUCGCUGCAACGCCUGGGCAGGACCAAGGAGUCGCUCGGCUGGCAGCAGCACCAGCGGGCGGCACUCCACUCAGUCAUCUCAGGCACGGUGCUUUCCCAGUCGCGGCUCUACAAGAGAGGCAUGGCCUCAGAGUGGGAAUGCCCCAUAUGCAGGAGCGCACCUGGCACAAUCUGGCACGGGCUGUACGGCUGCGAUGGCCACGCGGCCUAUCGCAAGGACGAGGCCUCGCCCGAGCUCCUUCGGCACGCGGAGGUGGCACGGGCUGCAGGAGGCAACUGCGGCGAGAUGUUCGGCAGGUGCCUCUCCCCAUCGCUCGACCAUGUGAUCCCGAGGCGAGACCCCGAUGGAGACCCAGUUCGGUGGUACCAGCGACCAGCCUCGGGGCACCUCACAGGCCUCAUCUUCACCGACGGCAGCGCGGUCGGCACGCGGUGGCCAGAGCUGCAGCGCGCGGGCUGGUCGCUCGUGCAGCGCGACGGGCAUGGGCGCAUGGUCGCUGCAGCAUGGGGUUGGGUGCCCCUCUCCAUGGCGCCGCGGCAGGAAGCGCGGGACGGCGAGGACUACGCCUACCACAUGGCGGCGUUCCUCUGCGAGGGCCACAUCGACUUCCGGACGGACUGCUCAGGGACGGUGGCCUGCGCCCUGCGGGGGGCAGCAUGGGCAUGCCGCACUGGGUCCCCGAGGCCCCACAUGUGGAACGCGUUCUACGCCUCCUUCGACAGCUCACGGAGCUACACUGUCACCAAGGUGCUGGCCCACGCCACAGCUGCCGACGUGGAGGCUGAUCGCACGACCUGGUGGCAACGAGCAGGCAACAAGCUCGCCGACGAGGCAGCGAAGGAGGGCGCUAAGUUGGCGCUGGCAGAAGACCAGCUGGACUUCGCCUACGGCCUCGAUCUCAUCGCAAGACAGGCGAUGGUCUUCACGGGCAAGCUCCACGCGCGCAUGGCGGAUCGGAAGCAGAUCGACCACGCCAGCGACGUCAUCCUGGAGCUCGCGGAGCACGAGGAGAGCUACGAGGAGCCCGAGGCCAGUAGUGGCCACGCUGCCGAGGCCUCCUGGGUGGCUGCAGGAGCAGCGGUAGUGGCCCUCGCAGCGGCGCGAGACUCGGCGGAGGGCGACGAGCCCCCUGCGGCCCGACGACCACGUACGCCUUGGUCGAUCGGAGGCCACGCCAUCGUCGAGAGGGCCAUCACGGGGCCUGGCACGGACGGCUCCACCAUGGUCCACUGCGUGAAGUGCUACGCCUAUGCCCACCAGCGCAUGAUGGGCAUCCUGAGGCCAUGCGGCUCGGGGGCAGGACGCCAGCAGGGCUACGGGCAGCGGGCCGCUGGGCCCAGCGCCACGUUUGCCCCGUUCGCGAGCGCUGCAGCGUUUGGCGUCGGGCCAGAGCAGGAGGCCGACUUCCUCUCCUGGUCGGCCAGGCAGCGUGCUGGUCGGAGGUCCGAGGGAGACCCCGACGUGAUCGAAGGGGAGUCCUCCGACUAA